ACCUGGAACCCACAGAGGUUAAUCAGUAAAAUUAGUUAAUUAUAAUAAUUCAUUAUUUGUUACAAAAUAUAUACACUUUUACUUUUAAGCAGCCUAUACUGUAGAUCUCUCUUUAUGAGAAUUCGAUUUAUUAGCUGAGAACUUACUGUGAUAUUCAAAGAAUAAGAAAUUUUUAUGUAUAAUUACACAUUCUGUGUAAGAGCACUGACUGUCACUCCGUUUUGAUGUCAUAUUUUGUUAACUAGUUUUAAGAUUUUGUUAAUUAUUUAUUUAUUGUACACAGUCAUUAGCACUGUUAGUUACAGUUGAGGCCGGGAGCAAGCCUUAUAUACUUCAUUCAUUGUUUACAUUUUGUGUAAUGAUUUCACAAUUCGCAUGUAGCAUAUUAUACACUUUCAUUGUACGUUAGAAUAAGACAACAAUAGUUCUAACAGUCUCAAUUCAUGUUAAUCGUUCACUUUGUAUUUAAAUGUACCAUCGAAAAGAAGAAGACUCAAUAAAGUAACUUACUUACUUACUACUUACUUUUGUUUACAAAAUACAAUUCCGGGCAUUCUCACUCCUUCCUCCAUCCCAUAUGAAAUUAUUUAUCCCGGAAUAUUAAAAUAUAACUCUUAAACCACGGCUGUUUAAACGAGGAAACCUUGGAGAUAAGAAAAAUAAGGAAGUGUAAUAAAACUUAUGUCAUAAGUACCUCACACAAUUAGUGUUUUCACCAUAAAAUCGUCAGGCAGCAUCCUUCGUCAGAUUUGUGUUUUAAACAACCUCCAGGAUGUCGAAUGUUCGUGAAAUAUUAACGCUGCAAUUUGGUAACUAUGCCAAUUAUGUGGGUGCCCAUUGGUGGAAUAUACAGGAAUCUGGAUUUUCCUAUGACAGCAGUGCUGGACCUUCGGAAAUAUCUCAUGAUGUAUUAUACAGGGAAGGUGUUAAUCACAAUAGACAAACCACCUAUACACCACGUUUGCUACUAGUUGAUUUGGAUGGAUCCCUGAAACACCUACCACGAGAGGGUGAACUAUAUGGCAACAGUUUAAAAAGAGAUAUCCAUGAAAAACUAUUUCCCACCGAGGGCAAUGACAUUGCAGAAGAACAUGAGUCAGUUAAAAAGCUGAAAGAAGAUGUAGCAUGGCAACCAUCAGAUGUAGAAAUAGUUGCCGAAAAAGAAACGGCAAAACAUGAAUUCCAAGAAGAUCUGGAUAAUGCCGCGGCGGCUACUGAGAAUAAAAAAUAUGAUCUUGCUGAUAAUGUUGAUUCGUGGGCAGAUUUUUUGUAUGGGCGCUAUCACCCACGCACAGUGCAUGUUGUCAAACAAUACAGACAUGAUCCUGAGAAGCAAACAUUUGAUACAUUCUGUAAUGGUGUGCAGUUAUGGAAAACCGAGCAAUUUGAGGAAGAUUUUUGUGAUCGUAUCCGCCAAUAUGUGGAAGAAUGUGAUUUUAUGCAAGGCUUUCAAACGCUCUUUGACGCCUUUAAUGGCUUUGGCGGCAUUGCCACACAAUGUAUGGAGCAUUUGAAUGACGAAUAUGGUAAAGCUAAUUUGGCAAUACCCUUAUAUUCACCGAAGAAUAUGCUCUAUGAAAAUGCAGAUGAAGCCAUGUCCGACUCCAUACGUGUGGUGAAUAGUGCUCUAACUUUUAGUCAACUUAUCGAACAGACCAAUCUCUUCGUGCCACUGAGUACUCAAGAUCGUGUUUGGCGUCAGCUGGGAUCAUCGCGCAAAUUUAACUCCAUUGAAUUCCGAAAUGAUAAUCUAUACCAGACAUCGGCAGUAUUGGCUUCUUAUCUAGAUACAAUUUCACUACGCUACCGACUUAAAGAGGCUCCCGGUUCGAAUAGCCUAGCUGGAUUUUGUGGUGAUAUGAGCAAUUAUGGACGUAAAUUUGCUGCGGCUGCCUUCAAUCUUCCCUUCACAAUGCAGUACAAUAUGGAUUUGAUAGAUUGCCUGGAUAAAUUUGAAGGACCACUAUUUACACAGUUAACACCAAAUUGCAAGGUGGGCAAUGAUUAUGUAAUACAAUCUCUCUGUGUUCGUGGAAUACCCUCGGAUCGCUUGAAAAGACCUCGUGAAGCAUGCAACAAAGAUCAAAUGCGUAUGGCUGCGUAUCGUUGUGAAAGUGUAUCGGAAAUGUUCCAACUAUAUUUACAAUGUUCCAACCAUGCGGGCAUGGCCCAUGUAACAUCCGUUAAGUCAGCCAUGCCAACACGUCUACCAUAUCCAGAUGAAAUAUUUGCCGAUAACCUAACUACCUCAGGAUUUAUACAUCCCAGUGAAAAGAGAACGGAAGAUAAACGUGUCAACACCGUACCAUGUGUUGCAUCUGUACAAUCAUCAAGUGAAUUAGGUGACACGCUGGAGACGUUGCACCGUGAAGCGAAGCGUAUUAAAAUUGCAAAGUUACAUCGUUUUAAAGAAACCGGCUUGGAAGAUGAUGAUUAUGCUGAAGUGCUUGAAAGUCUGUUACAGUUUAAGGAUAACUAUGAGGAUAAUUUUGAAUUAUAGUCGAUCAAGUGUCUGAAUGUUGCAGCAGAGAAGGAGAAGUACAUUCGUCUUAAGUGUACUAGAGGUUUUAAGAAAUUAAAACUAAGCUUAAAUUAUUGAUUUUUACGAUUUUUGUUUAGUGAACAAAUGGAGGAAAAAUGUGAAAUACUCGGUAAUUGAAGGAAGGAAAGUUACUACAACUCUAUUUCAAUUCCAUGAUGACUUUUGAAGAUUCCUAUCAUAAAAUUGAAAAAUAAAGAAACAUCAAUUUAUAACAUUUA